AUUUAGACAUACCCAUCCCAUUAUGGAACCAGCAUCAGUUGCAUCUCAGCAACAAAAAUGUAUGUACUACACCUGAAUUGGGACAAGGAAAAUUAAUGCCAUAUAAUAGAGUAAAAACUUUCAAGUGCAUCACCAAUAUUUGUGUUAAUUUUAAACUGAAAAUAGCUAGACAAAAUGGAGGCAGACUUGGUGGAUGUCAAACAAUUGUUUUCAAAUAUGAUGAAGAGAGUACAACCAUGGAUUCUCUCUCAUUUCAUUAUGUGGUUAGACCUUAAAAUAGCAGAAUACAAAGUUUUAGGCUAUAUGGUUCUUGAUAAGAGAUCAGCUUAUGAUAAAAAUCAUGCAACAUUGUACAAUCAAACAAGUCGAACCAAUACUUCAUCUCCAGCUUCAGCAUCUUCAAGUGAACAUAUGUAUAUCAUACCAACACAGGAGAAAUGUAUCAAACAGAACGGAUCACCAAAUAUAACAAACGAUAAUACAGAGUAUGAAAAUUUUAUAGAAGGUUCUAAUAAACAGGAGAGUCUCAAUACCUCUGGGGCUUUUGUAUCAGAAAGAACAAACAUUGCAUUGAAAUGUGUAAAGCUGAAAAGUCAGAAUAAAGAGAUGGAUAGACAAACAUCUGUUUCUGGGCGUCAAGAGAGUUGUCAAAGUAAAUCAAAUGAAAAGGGAAUUCAGAACCAACGAAAACAGCGAAAGCCAGGCAAUUUCUUACACAGUAUUGUAAAUAAUUUAAAGCAGAGCUGCAUUAAAAAUCCACUUGUGGGAUACUCAGGACCAACUGUUUGCCAAAUAAAGAACCUGGAGAAUGAAAUACCUGAGAGAGAAGUUCAACCUGACUAUGCCCAUACUAGAUACCAUUCAGAUAAAACAAAAGAUGCAGAAGCUUUCAUUGGAAAAAGUGAAAAUAAUCGUAUCAACAUUCAGAACAGCCUAGAGAUAACAAGUUCGACAAAACAGAAAUUACAACCUGAAGAUUUACAAGAUGAUAUGGUCAUACCAGUUGGGACAACAACUAAAACAGAAAUUUCUGCUUCCCAAGAAUCAGCUGUAUUUGAUGAGGAUAAUACACCUUUAUAUAAGAGCCAACAGUUUAGUUCAUUAAUUUCCCUUUCAAGGUCACGUGGAAGAAGACGAAGGUCAUCAAAUGAUGAAAUUACCUAUCCCUUAAUUUCUACCAAAGAUAAUGAAAUUUCACAAACUUAUGAAGAGGAACCAAGAUCUCAAAGCCUUGCUGAUUUUUAUUUUUCUCAAAAUCAACUAGAUGAACAAUUCGCUGUAAGAAGAGCUAAACAAAAUGUCUGUAGAGUGACAGCAAAAAAUCAUGACGAGAAAGACGACCUAAUGAGGAACAAUCUAUCUGAGCCAAAUCACCAGGAUAUAACAGUAAAACAGGAAGUAGAGCCAUUAUUCAGAAAUGAAAAUAAAAGUCCAAGAAAUCAUGAAAUUAUAGGAGAGAAAUCAUCAGAGCCAACUGAAAGUUUAGUUCCUCAUCAGUUUUAUGAUAAUUAUAAUCACAGCAGUAUGUCUACAACUGAUGAUGGAGUUAUGGUUCACAAAAAUAGCAGAGCAGCAGUUGUUGUUAAGUCAGAGCCAAACAAUGAUGAGGAAUAUUGUUGUUCUUCUACAACAGGAAAUUAUGACAAUCACAGUUUCAGUUCAGAAGGGGACACUUCCAGUAACCAUGACAUUUCAACACAUUAUGAAUACCAUGGAGAUGAUAUGGCAGACGAUUCUUAUAUGCUCAGUAAUUCUGAGUUAUAUGGAGAAGAUAAUGUUGAUUUGCUACAAGGGAUUGCAGGAAUGGACCAGCAUGAAAGUAAGAUAAUGAGGCCAAGAAGUAACAAGAAAAGACAGUUACACUGUUUGUCAAAUCAAGUCCCUCGAGACCCUUCAUCAGGAAAGUUUGUUUGUGAACUCUGUGGUGGAACAUUUACCAACAGAUCAUCCUACUUCAGGCACAAGAGAAUCCAUGGAGAAAAAAAAUUCCGUUGUUUUCUUUGUGAUAAAGCCUUUCAUAGGAAAGAACACCUUCAAUCACAUAUUCAUAGACAUACUAAAUCGUUUCCAUUAAAGUGCUGCAAGUGUAGUUUUGAAUCCCACAGCCUGGACGAAGCAACUGCUCACUUUCAAGUUAGCCACAGUCAUCAUGUACAAGAAUCAAAAUCCUGAAUUUGUAAUUAACAAAAUAAUAUUCUUGCAAAAUAGUGUAAAAAUAUAAGACUUGUCUAUUUUUUAGACCGCAUAUUGACCUCUAGAUAUAUUUUAUAUUUACUAGAUAGUACCCCGUGCAAUAUAUGGUAUAUACUUUUUUAGUACCCAGUGCAAUAUAUGAUAUAUACUUUUAAAUUUUUACAAUUAUGUUGUAUUGAUUGAUGAGAUAAUGUCUUAUAUGUACUACUUCAAUUGCUCUUUUUCCGCAAGUCUGUUUAAUGAAAUUAUGCAGAAAAACCAAAUAACCCUUUCUAUACAGAUUUCCUGCUAAAUAAUCUCAACAUUUAUCUCAAUGAUCCAAAGUUAGAUCAUGAUUGAAGAAAAAGAAUAACAUUUGAGUCCACACAGAAUAUUAGAAUAGUCUACUGUUUACAGAAUUCUACAUACAAAACUGCAUACCAAAUGCUUCUAUAAAAAGACGAAGAAAAUUUAUGCCUGUAAGAAGAGAUUUCAAAUGUGCUUACCAAGAUUACUACAGUUUGAGCAAGGGAAAGCGAGAGUACAGCGUUAAAAUUUACAGAUGGUAAUCAUGAUAGAGCAAUGUUACGUAACAGUACCCUUGAAAAAAAAUUGGGAGUCAAUAGGGGGACUGUUGCAAGAAUGUCUGCCCGUCUGACAUGCUUUUUCCCAGUUGUAGUCAAAUUCUUGUUUUCAUCCUAGUCAAAGAACUCUGCUGAACCUCUCAAUUAGAUUAUUGUUAAUUUGUUCUCUUCCUAAAUAUGCAUGCAACAUUUAUCACUUGAUGUUAGGCAAACUACAAACAAUCAAUCAAACCGGAAUCAAAUUGGACUAUUUUGCAAAGUGGUUUGCCAUUUACCUGAUUAAAUAUUUGCUUUAAAUACACGUUUUUGAGACGCAUUAGUGCAUGGACUCCCAAGGCCUCAAAUCGUUUACUUCACCAAAAAUAAGGGUCAUGCUACACCACUGAAGUAUAACAAUUAGUUUCUUUAUCCCAAACGGAAGUGACCCUAAGAAAUGGUGAAAAUAACAUACAUGUAACAGUCCAGAAUAUGUUUACAUCUUACCUAGAGGUCACAACCAUUUGGACUAUUUCCAAGUGAUGUCAUGGGCUUUAAAUGAUAGCAAAAUCUUUUAAAUCUUGUUUUUAUCAGUUUUAAAAGGGCAUUACAAAAAAAUCACUCAAUAUACAGGUAAAAUUAUGAUUUAUAUUUUUUUAAUUUACACCAUGAAAUCAAAUAGACCUAGAAAAAUUGUUGUUGUACCAUUGCAUGUGCUUGUCUGUCUAUAUUUAUGUUUAUAUUGGGCAGUAUUACUGUCACCAGUCUUCAGAGGUCAUCCCAAUGGUUAAUUAGAUGGUGGCAAUUUGAAAAUAUGCACAAAAUGCUGAUACAUUAAAACAAGUUUAUAAAUUGU